AGCCAGCAGCAGUUAGCUUCCUCAAGUCUGGGCUGGGAGUGAGGAGUUACCCGCCUGCCUGCGCGCGCUCUGUGCGGAUUAUUGCACAUUUUCUUGGGGUUUUUUUUUUCACGGAUUUGAGAGGACGCCAUGCCAGAGCCGACGGAUCUGAAUGGGCCUGAUCUAGCAAAGACGCUGGGGGGUGGGACUCCAGGGAAAGAUGGAAAAGACUCUGUAACCAAUGGGCAUGCAGAGGGAGACAUUAACCCGUUUGCUGAGUACAUGUGGAUGGAGAACGAGGAGGAAUACAACCGGCAGGUAGAGGAGGAGCUGUUGGAGCAAGAGUUUCUAGAGCGCUGUUUCCAGGAAAUGUUGGAUGAGGAGGAUCAGGAUUGGUUUAUUCCAGCGAGAGACCUUCCUCCAGGGAUGGGACAGAUUCAGCAGCAGUUUAACGGCCUGUCCGUCAGCGACAGCAGCACAGAGGAGAUCGUGCGCAAGAGCAGCUUAAACCCUGAAGCCAAGGAGUUCGUCCCAGGAGUGAAAUACUAGGGAUCAUCCUCACCCUCUGGAGUGGAGCCCUCUCAUGCACAUAGAGACUUUUUUUGGCUGGAAUUGACCCAGUCAUGUAUACGCGCUCAUAAAUAUGUACACACACACACAGCUGUGAGGGCUGGAGGAGGAGGGUGAGGGUUUUUGGGGGCGGGAGGGACGAGGGUUUAUCUAAUAAGCUUUUUAUUUUUCCAUUUGUUACAUGUAAACCAAGGGCAGGGAGUUUAGACACAGCCUCUAGGAGGUGCCAUGGCAUCCUGACAUUGUACUCAAUACAGAGCCGAUUUUCUUUCUUCCUUUCUAUUGAUAAGCCGAGACGACAGAUCAGCCCAGCUCUCACUUAGAAGUCCGUGCCUGAUUAUUAUGUAUUUACUUUCUCCUUGCCUUUUUUUUUUUUUUAUAAGGGAGGUUUGUCUGGCUGGGAUAAUCAUGCCUCAUAACUGUGGGUGCGGAGGGCAGUUUGGGGUGUGACUGGAUGUAAAGUGGUUCACUGGAUAAUGGGCCAGUUUGAGUAGAAUGGCAAGAAAAAGCUGUGGAGGUUUUCACAUGAAAACAUUAUUUGCUUUUCGAGUAGAAAUUCUUACAUGCAAGUAUGCAGUUAUUUGAAACAAAAAGAAGGAAAAAAGUAAAUAAAAGUUUAAAAAUGUUCGUAA